CGCGUAGGCUUUUCUCCCAGUGUCGGGUCUACCGAAUGUAGCCUAAUGAAAUUCACCGGAAGCCCUCAGAUCAAAUCGUUCAUGCAAUGAUUUUUAACAUUUGGUGAAUAAAUAGGCUUAUAUAGUUGAUUUCAUUCAUUUACAUGCUAUCAAUAUUAAGCUGUUUUUAGAAUAGACUGUUCACGGUCGACUCAUUUUCACUUCAGCGACGCAACAUCCUCUGCAUUUUCCACAACUCUAAGCGAUUACGCGCGUAGCGAAGGGUACGGUAGAGAUUUGCAUCACAGGUGCUCGUGGACCUUUGAGGAAAUAUUGCAGGCUUGAAUAACGCUGCUGUCCUGAAUAAUAGAAGACAACAUUUAGUGUAUAUCCCAUGUUCAUUCUGCUGGGGUUUUCUGAGACUGCUCCGGCUGUGUACUUUUGCAAAGCUCAUCAGCAUCAACAUCAUCUGCCACUUCAAACACAUCACACCACAAGAGGAGGGAGCCUAGCUGCUUUUGGCAUUUUAAAAAGACGCUGAUCAAAGAAGAACUCAAAACUGCAGUGAAGAAAACACCUUCAGUAAGACAGUGAGUUUCUUGAGUGAACCAAAAGACUGCACCGGACCUGUGCCCUGGAAACACCACAAUUUGACUGAGGACUAUCAGAGUUACUGCUGACCUCACAGUUGUAAUUGUUGUUUUAAAAAAGAAGAAGAAAUGUUUGGGCAUCUCUGGUGACCUGCUGGGUAGCAGUGGUCUUCUUGUGCCGUAGUAGCAGCAGCUGAACCACGAUUACCAUAGUGGGACAAUGGCACGGCCGGGCUCUGGGGUGCUGGUGUCGGUCAACGGGCUGGGUUACCCCCCUCAGAACCUGGCCCGGGUGGUGGUGUGGGAGUGGCUGAACGAACAUGGGCGCUGGCGGCCCUACAGCGCGACAACGUGUCACCACAUAGAGAACGUACUGAAGGGGGAUGCACGGGGGACUGUAGUCCUUGGACAGGUGGAUGCCCAGCUGGCCCCUUACGUCAUAGACCUGCAGUCCAUGCACCAGUUCAGACAGGACACAGGCACCAUGAGGCCGGUCCACAGGAACUUCUAUGAGCCGUCGUCGGCCCCGGGGAAGGGUGUGGUGUGGGAGUGGGAGAACGACAGCAGCUCCUGGACGCCCUACGACAUGGAGAUCUGUGUGACCGUCCAGAACGCCUAUGAGAAGCAGCACCCCUGGCUGGACCUGACCUCUCUGGGCUUCUGCUACCUCAUUGACUUCAACAGCAUGACCCAGACCAACCGGCAGAGCCAGAGGAAACGCCGCCUGCGCCGACGCAUGGACCUAGCCUACCCUCUCAUCAUGGGCUCCAUCCCCAAGUCCCAGUCUUGGCCCGUGGGAGCCAGCUCCGGCCAGCCCUGCUCCUGCCAGCAGUGCAUCCUGGUCAACAGCACGCGGGCUGCCUCCAACGCCAUCCUGGCCUCUCAGCGCCGUAAGCUGUAUGGGGGGGCCACGGGACCUUCAGGGGCUACAGACACGCUCACCGUGGUACGGCAGAGUAACACCUUCACUGGAACCACCCUCUGGUCCCCCACCUCCGGUGCCGGGACCAAUAAUAUACAACAUAACAACAUAAGCGCAGGAGGAGGCCAAGCCAAAGCUGAACAGGUGCAGUCGCCCCUGUCUAGUGCCAACUUCCCCUGUUCCCCGGCACUGUCGUCCCAUCCGCCUGCACAUGGCCACUCCCACGCCCACUCCCAUGGUCACCAUGCCAUCAUCAAUGGGCAGAACAACCUGAACCGGCCGGGCACCCAGCGCAUUUCCAUGGGCACUGCCAGAGGAGCCAUCCCACUAGGGGUGCCUCCCCUCCCUGUUAAGAACCUGACUGUCUCUGGACCAGUUCACCCAGCAAUUGCAGGUAUGACAGGUAUCCUGAUGUGUGCGGCUGGCCUGCCUGUGUGUCUGACCAGGGCCCCUAAACCCAUUCUGCACCCGCCGCCCAUCAACAAGAGUGACAUGAAGCCUGUGCCUGGGGUCAACGGCAUCCGCCGCAAGACCAAGAAGCACCUCAGGAGAGGGAAAAACCCAGAGGAUGUGGUGCGGAAAUACACAGAGAAAGUGAAAGUAGCCCCUGAUGAGGACUGCACCAUCUGCAGGGAGAGGCUGGUGAUGUCAUCGGGCUACGAGGCUGUCAAGGGCAUAAAGCCAGAGGUGGUGGGCAAGCUUGGCAAGUGUGGGCACAUGUACCAUCUGCUGUGCCUGGUUGCCAUGUACAACAAUGGCAACAAGGAUGGCAGUCUGCAGUGUCCCACUUGUAAGGCUAUCUAUGGGGAGAAGACAGGCACACAGCCCCCUGGGAAGAUGGAGUACCAUGUCAUUCCCCACUGCCUGCCCGGCUACCCAGAGGCCAAGACCAUCCGCAUAGUCUAUGACAUUGCUGCUGGCAUACAGACCACAGAGCAUCCCAACCCAGGGAAGAAGUUCAGCGCUAGGGGGUUCCCCCGGCACUGCUACCUCCCAGACAACAACAAGGGCAGGAGGGUCCUGAAGCUCCUGAUCAUGGCGUGGGACCGCCACCUCAUCUUCACCAUCGGCACGUCCAGCACCACAGGCGAGUCAGAUACAGUGGUGUGGAAUGAGAUCCACCACAAGACAGAGUUUGGCUCCAACUUGACGGGACACGGCUACCCAGAUCCCAACUACCUGGACAACGUCCUGACAGAGCUGUCAGCCCAAGGGGUGGGACAGGACAACCUGAAGGACUGAGGGGGGAGCAUGCAGCCCAGAUAACCGUCCUUUACUCCCCACACCCAAAACAGACCUAAAGACUCUCAUAUUCUGUAUGUGGGCAAACUAAUAUAUAGCAAAUGACAUAAUAAUGACAUGAUAACGUCAUGAUUUUGUUAUACUGUUAUUUGCAUUUAUCUAAACAUAACUGUAAAACUUUUCCGACUGCUGUCUCUUUGUCCAUGCCUUGAGCAUGUGUAUUUUUGCCAAAAUUUCUACCUGAUAGGUUAAAGGAAUGUAAAGACAGGAUUUAAAACUGAUCUCAAUGUGUACUGUCUGUUGUGGGGUUUAUCAACAGUCAUUGAUUCCUCUGAGACAGGAUAUUGAACCUCCUCGUCUGUACUGAAGAGGAUUUUAGGACUGUGACAUCAUGGCAUUGGAGGAGAUGUCUGUUAAUGUUCACCACCAAACCAUAUGGCCCAGAGUUUGAUAUUGCAUUGAAUGUUGACCUCAUAACUGCGACUUGUUGGCUAGGGCUCUGAAGGCGCUAGAUGUCUGGCCCCAUUUGUUCUACUUUUAUCAGAUGUGUGUUUUUGAAAGAAUAGGGAGGUGAUUUGUCAAGUUGUAGUUGGUGUUUGUGUGGAUAUCUUCAGGAGAAUUUUAAUAUGCAGAAUGUACUUAUAUAAUUUUAAAAGCAUGGUUCCUAUUCCAGAUCUGACUCUUAUUAGUCUAAUUCACACCAAAUCUACACAGUUCAACUUGUUGUGACAUGCUGAUGUGGUUGCUAGUGAGAAUCUUUUUAAAGUGAGGCCUAUUGCUUAGUUUUAGCUUGGUGGUUUUCCACACCAAAGCUGUCUGUAGAUCUGAGUGGACGGUCACGACUAUGUGAUUCUCAGAAAGGAGAGAGGGCAUCUCUGAUUGGCUACACAGGGCCAUUUCACAGUGCUUUGUGCCACUGGCCAAUGAGUCUGUUGAAGGUUCGCAUGCACCACCUGACAGAGAGCCAGUCAGAGGAUCUGAGGAUUCAGCCGUCUCACAGUAAAUGUCUAUUCUAAUGGUGUGCCAACCAGAGAGGAUGCCUUUGGAAGUGAAACCUGAUAUAGGUUCAUACACAAGCAUCUUACCAACCAGUUAGAUGCUUGUUAAAAAUGUAUGCUCCUGUAAGUUAAGAACUGAGGCAGUCGAGCACACCUCGCUCCACUCCAAGGUUAGCAUCGUUUGUUUUGUUGACAUAUUGAUGACGCUGACCUCUGUGAAUAAGCCUGCCUUAUUAUUCUCCCUGCAGAGGAGGUCCAGUCAUUGGCAUGAGCUAUCACACUCGCAGCACAUGUGUGUGCCUACUUGCAUGUGUGCUGUGGCAUUAAGAAGUUCUCUGGCCGUCUAGUCCUUGAACAGAGGAGCAGAACAUGCUUCUCAGGGAGCGAUGUCCUCCUCAGAGAAUGACUCUCCUCUUCUAGGAUAUCCAUCAUACAGUAGAGUAGGCAGAGCUGCCCUCACACAUGCACACACACACAACCUGUGAUGUACAAGCCUGGUGUUCCUCUCUGCUCUGCAGUGCUGGGUUGGUUGCAUGAUGAGCCUCUGCUGUUCCCUGGUGCUGUAGCCAACAGACCCCCACCCCACCACCAACCAACACUGUCUGAUGGCUCUGAUACUUAGGUCUGAUACUGCUGUAUGAUACUUAGGUCUGAUACUGCUGUAUGAUACUUAGGUCUGAUACUGCUGUAUGAUACUAAGGUCUGAUACUGCUGUGUUUCCCCUUUCCUCAGCAGCUAGAUGAGCUCAUUCUACAGUAGGAUCACUCAGAAUGUUGUUCUAUAAAGUACAGUAUGUGAAGCUGAUGUUGCACUGGGAAUUUCCCCUCCCUUUGUUCCCUCCUCCCUUCCAUCCCCACAGAUUCUAUGCCCAUAAGCUAAAUAGUUCUUGAAGGUUUUAGGGCUAGAUUCAUUCCAUUGAUAUGUAAAAGCAAUGUUUCCAUGUUUGUGGAGACUGCUUUCACUGUAAAUGCUGCAUAUGUCGGCUCAAUUGGGAAUUACCUUUACAUUUCAAUCGUGCUAUAGCACUGAACUUCCGCGAUACAGAUUGAAUCGAGCCCUAAGUCUGAUGAUGAAAUCUUGUGAUGUUUCUUUUACCUAAAAUGACAGUUAUCCUUUAGGUUGCAUAAUUCUCUCCUUGAGUAGGAUCUGAACAAUUUUAAUGAGUGGAGAUGUUGGUAUAAUCCAGAAGAGAUUCGUGUUGAGGUUUUAUGGUAUGCCACCCACUUCACAGGGUUUGAUCCUUUAAAUGCUUUUGAAUAUUUUGGACUGAAUCAUAGUCUUCCGUAGCACUUUGAAGCAGCAGUUUUCUUUAAUUGAUCCUUUCAUUUUUGGAAGGUGUCUUUAAAUAUAUUCGCUACAAUAUCUGCUGUUCUUUAUUUUCAUGUUUAUAAACUUGUCUUGUAUUGCUUCAAAUAUAUAUACAGUAUAUAUCUAUACAUUUGCAGACGUGAUCUACCUUUAAAUGUACAUGUAUGCUCAAUUUGAGUCAUAUGGUGUAAGUUUAAUUUAUUUUUAUACUCUUCUAUAUAAGAAUAUAUACAUUCACAUCUGCCCACCCACAUAUCUAUACACACAGAAACAUAUUAACAUGAAUACAUCAAAUCUGGCAUAUAUUAUUUGCCAGUAUGUCAGGGACUGUUGAAAUGUAUAUGCCAGGUUAUGAGCGUCUUAUACUGUAUUAGCAGUAGUUUUAGCGUUUGCUGCUGUUGUUAAUGUAGAUUCUGUGUAGUGGAGCCCCUGAGGGAUUCAGUAAGUACAGUAAGUCCUCUUUAUUAUUUGUCAUUUACCUUGUAUAACCUAAUAGAACCAAUAGGUGGAUACUGUCAGUACCCCCAAACUGGUGAGAGUGAAAAACAAGUCAUUUUGUCUUUUCAUUUCUUCUUUAUCCUUUUGCAAGUUUACACAUUUUAAGCUUUUUGUCACCCUCGUAAUGGGGAAAAACAGGAAAGAAAUGCUUUCAGUCUUAUCAGGGAAUUUUCCAUUUUAAGUGAGACUCAUUGAGUUGUACAGGGAAAAUGGUUUCAGUUAAUAUUUCAAGAUCAGAUCAUGCUCACAUUUCCAGUUUCCAAAUGCUUACAUAUGUACCUGUAAUAUUAAUCAAAUAUUUCAUGGUCUAGGCCUCCUCAGCUUUUCAGGUGUGUACAUUCAGUGGUCUGUACAUGGGGGAGCUUUAUUGUGAGCAUACAUUUUAUUGUUUUGGACAGAGGAAUAGAGUUUAUGCAAUUAUAUAUGCGACCAAUUUGUACCUUAUGCGUAGCAGGAGGGAUCAGGUGUUGGGGACAUGAUAAUGGAUGUUCAACAUUCUGUAAGGCGUGUCCAUUUGUGACCAAUGGAGACAGUGAUCCAAGGGUAUAGCUGAAAUGCUCCAUAAAGGAGAACACAUAUAUUUUGUAUGUAUUUUUUAAAAGAUUGAUUGUCUUCAAUUGAGCAUUCAUAGUGUACAACAUUGUUAUAUUACAGUAAUUAAAGAUACAUUCCAUACAAUUUUCCAUAGCAUAUAUUGAUUAGGUGUGGGAUCCUUUCUCAUGAGGAGUUUACCUCACAAUCAUAUUGAUAACCUCCACAGCAUAUUGCACUUAUCUGUGUAAACAGAUAUGCCUGCAACAAUUUGGUGUGUAUCUGUGUAGGCGUGAGAGAGAGUGUGUGUGAGUGAGUGUGUGUGUGUGCAUGCGUGUGCGUGUGUGCGUGUGUGUGAGUGUGUGUGUGUGUGUGUGUGUGUGUGUGUGUGUGAAAAUGCUUGGUUUAAGCUCCUAAAAUGUUGAAACAGUAGACGUUUGGGGGUUGAACUAAAAAAAGAUCAUAAAUGCAUGUUACUCAAGAUGUAAACAAGUCGGCUGACAAAGCAAACAUUUAGUAUGUGAAAAAUGUUAUGGAAUCAUUAGAGAUGUCAUUGAGCUGUGUCCUCUGUGGAGUGGCAUGGUGGACUGCUCCAUACUCCACUGUUUAUCUGUGUUUUGACCUCUGAAGAGGGUUUGAUGGAGAGAGAUGAGCAUGAAAUAGCACUUUGGUGCUCCUCUCUCUCUCUUCCUGUUUCACAUAAAAGGUAAUCAAUCAUAUGUAUUAGGUAAUUGUCUGCAUUUUCAAUGCCCAUUUUUUACUGACAAAAUGUCAGAGCCAUGUGGCUAUGGUUCAACAUUCACAUUUAAUUUCUCAUCAGAAGCAACAUAUUACAUAUAAAAAUAAAAAAAACACACAAAGAGAAAAUGAGAUUUAAAGUGUAUAAUAAAAUGAAUGACAAAAAAUAAAGGCAAGAUUAGAGAUAUUGAUAAAACAUUAAAGGGCUUCUUAAUCUUAAUCAGUCUUUAUUGGAUUGUGAUGACUUUGUUGCAUGUUUGUGUGUUUCAUGUGGAAAAUAAAUGUGCCCUCAAUGGGGUAGUUUGUUUGA